AAGUUACUGUAAUCCAUAUUCUAUGACUGGAUGGCCAAUGCAUAGUUAUGCUGUGUCAUUUCUCAUAACUCUUUCCACCUUUUCUUCCAUUUCCCUACUAUAGGUGAAACAAAUUGAAGAUUAUGGCACUAAUUAACAAAAGCCAUCCUGAAGAGUUUAUUCUACUGGGCUUUGCUGACCGUCCUUGGCUAGAGCUUCCUCUAUUCGUUAUUCUUCUUAUAACAUACCCCAUGGCCAUGAUGGGAAACAUAGCCAUCAUUCUGGUGACCAAGCUAGACCCCCGUCUGCACAGCCCCAUGUAUUUCUUCCUCACUAACCUCUCCUUUUUGGACAUGUGCUAUACCACAAGCAUUGUCCCUCAGAUGCUGUUUAACCUGGGAAGCGCUAAGAAGACAAUAAGUUAUGUGGGGUGUGCAGCUCAACUUUAUUUCUUCCACAUAAUGGGGGGCACAGAAUGUCUGCUUCUGGCUAUCAUGUCUUUUGAUCGCUAUGUGGCCAUCUGCAAGCCUCUACACUACACCCUCGUCAUGAAUCAGCGUGUCUGUAUCCUAUCAGUGUCCACUGUGUGGCUGUGCGGAAUGACCUACGCUGUCUCCGAGGCCACUGUUACAUUGCAGUUACCACUGUGUGGUCUCAAUACCCUGGAUCACUUGUUGUGUGAGAUUCCUGUUCUAAUAAAGAAUGCCUGUGGUGAAAAGGGUGCUAAUGAACUCACACUGUCGGUGGUAUGCAUUUUUAUGUUAGCUGUUCCGCUAUGUUUAAUUCUUAUUUCCUAUGCUUGUAUUGGACAUGCUGUAUUCAAAAUUAAAUCUUCUGAGGGAAGGAUAAAAGCCUUUGGGACCUGUUCCUCCCAUCUCAUUGUCGUUUUCUUAUUUUAUGGUCCAGCCAUUAGCAUGUACCUUCAGCCCCCCUCCUCCAUCUCAAGGGACCAGCCCAAGUUCAUGGCUCUCUUCUAUGGAGUGGUGACUCCUACACUCAACCCUUUCAUCUACACCCUGCGGAAUAAGGAUGUAAAGGGGGCACUGGGCAAACUGGUGAGGAGCAUUUUCACUUCAAAGUGAUAGUGGAUGUCAAAUGAAAUUAUUUAACAAUAAGAGUAGGUUUAUUGGGAUUUCUCUAGUAACUCAUUCUUGUCUCCUAUUUCCCAAAAUCUCAUGCUAGGUGUUCUUCAUGCAAAAUAACUCACGUUUCUCAUAUUCUUUAUAAUGGUGUUAGUUAAGGAUGAUACUGGGCUCAGAUUCACUAGUAAGUGCACUCUGUUUCUGCAAAUAUAUUUAAAAUAUUUCUAUGCUGGUUGGUAUACUGAAUUUAGUAACUGCAUUAAAUAGUAACAAAAGAAGUAAUAAUAUAAAUUAUAAUAUAAGUUCAUGAGUUCAAGCAAAUUUUCAUAAAAUAACAUGGCAACCAUUUAUUAGUGGACUUCCUAUCACAGUGUCACCUGAGAAACACUUCAUCAUUCUCUGAAUGAGUGGCCCAUGUCUAAGUGGACAGCAUGGCUGCAAUGAAUAUCCAGUGUGAGGCACUCUAUAUUUUAGAACAACCAUGAUCUCGUAAGUUUAUCAACCUCAAUUUAUGUAGAGUCUAUUUCUUCAUAAAAUAUUCAUUGUUACUCUUGUUUAAUGAACAAAU